UCUCACUAGUCACUAGUCUUCUCUCUGCGGCAAAACUCAGAAACAUGGGCUCUAUGGCCAUGCUCUUGCUCGUUCCUCUUCUAGCUCUUCUCCUACCGUGCUUCUCUGUGGCGUCCAAGCAAACUUACAUAGUUCACAUGAAGCACCAUGACAAACCAUCUGCCUUCGCCACCCACCAUGACUGGUACUCCGCUCACCUCCAAUCCCUCUCCUCCUCCACUACCUCUGACUCUCUCCUCUACUCCUACACUACCGCAUAUCAUGGUUUCGCUGCCUCGCUCGAUCCCGACCAAGCCGAUUUACUCCGCAGAUUCGAUUCGGUCCUAGGUGUCUAUGAAGAUACGCUUUACACUCUCCACACUACCCGCACCCCCGAGUUCCUUGGCCUAGACUCGGAAUCCGGCCUCUGGGCUGGUCAUAAUACUCAGGAACUCGACCAAGCCUCUCAUGACGUUGUCGUUGGGGUCCUCGAUACUGGGGUCUGGCCCGAGUCGAAGAGCUUCGACGACUCUGGUAUGCCAGAGAUCCCGAGCCGGUGGCGGGGCGGAUGCGAGUCCGCACCGGAUUUCAGCCCCUCGCUCUGUAACAAGAAGCUCAUCGGGGCUCGCAGCUUCUCAAAGGGCUAUCGAAUGGCCUCUGGCGGUAGCUACCUGAACAAACCCAGGGAGAAGAUGUCGCCUCGGGACCGAGACGGCCACGGCACUCACACCGCGAGUACAGCAGCUGGAUCCCACGUCACCAAUGCCAGCCUCCUCGGCUAUGCCAGCGGGAAGGCGCGUGGGAUGGCCACCCAUGCGCGCGUCGCCAUAUAUAAGGUGUGCUGGAGCAUUGGAUGCUUCGGUUCCGACAUUCUGGCAGGAAUUGAUCGGGCCAUUUUGGACGGCGUCGAUGUGCUAUCACUCUCUCUCGGUGGUGGGUCCGUCCCUUAUUACCGCGACAACAUCGCUAUCGGAGCAUUCGCGGCCAUGGAAAGGGGUAUUUUCGUCUCUUGCUCCGCCGGAAAUAGCGGGCCCAACAGAGCCUCGUUGGCGAAUGAGGCCCCCUGGAUCAUGACCGUUGGGGCCGGGACCUUGGACCGGGAUUUCCCGGCUUACGCCAUACUCGGGAACAAAAACCAGUUCACGGGAGUGUCACUUUACAGUGGGCAAGGAAUGGGAAAUAAACCGGUAGGUUUGGUUUACAGCAAGGGGAGUACUAACUCGAACAACAUGUGCUUGCCCGGUUCGCUCGACCCUGAGUUUGUACGUGGGAAAGUAGUGGUCUGUGACAGAGGAAUAAACGCACGCGUGGAAAAAGGAGAGGUGGUACGCGACGCGGGUGGGGUUGGGAUGAUACUCGCGAACACAUUGAUUAAUGGCGAGGAAUUGGUGGCCGACAGUCACCUGAUACCAGCGGUGGCGGUUGGGCGGAAGGCCGGGGAUCUGAUUAGGGAGUACGUGCGGUCGGAUCCGAAUCCGACGGCUGAGCUGAGGUUUGGUGGGACCGUUUUGGACGUGCGGCCAUCGCCAGUCGUGGCGGCGUUUAGUUCGAGAGGGCCCAAUCUGGUGUCUCCACAGAUCUUGAAGCCGGACGUGAUUGGGCCAGGUGUCAACAUCUUGGCCGCUUGGUCGGAAGCCAUAGGCCCCACUGGGUUGGAGAAGGACACCAGGAAGACCCAAUUCAACAUCUUGUCAGGUACAUCGAUGUCUUGCCCCCAUAUCAGUGGGUUAGCAGCAUUGCUCAAAGCAGCCCAUCCGGAUUGGAGUCCAAGCGCAAUCAAAUCCGCGCUGAUGACUACUGCCUACACCAAAGACAACACCAACUCCCCGCUCCGGGAUGCUGCUGGCGGUGGUGCAUUUUCCGAUCCUUGGUCUCACGGUGCAGGUCAUGUUGACCCCCACAAGGCCCUCUCUCCGGGCCUCGUGUACGAUCUCUCACCGGAUGACUAUGUUGCCUUCCUGUGCUCGUUGGACUACAGUACUGAUAAUGUCCAAACCAUUGUCAAACGCCCCAAUGUUACCUGCUCGAGGAAGUUUUCUGACCCCGGACAGCUCAAUUACCCAUCGUUCUCAGUUGUAUUCCGAGACAAGAGGGUUGUUCGAUACACUCGUGAACUGACGAAUGUGGGGGCUGCUGGGUCGGUCUAUGACGUGACAAUCAGUGCACCACAAAUGGUGGCGGUGACAGUGACCCCCAAGAGGCUGGUUUUCAAAAAUGAAGGGGAGAAACAGGCGUACACGGUUACCUUUGUGGCCAGGAAAGGUAUGCCUAAAGUGGCUAGGUCCGAGUUUGGUUCAAUCGUUUGGAGCAACGACGAACACCAAGUGAAGAGCCCAGUUGCUUUUGCAUGGACUCAGCUGGUGAGAUCGUAAGCCGUUUUGGGGUUGAUUUUUCCCUCCAAUGCAUUUGGGGCCAGUGCAGCCAGUUUGGUAAGAAAAGAAAACAGCUAAGAAGGC